AUGUCGAAUAACGGCGAACCAAAAGUAGAGAGAUUAGAUCUCGCAUAUCGGAGUAUGGUUGAAAUAAACCCAAAGAUUAUCGAAAGAUUUGGAUAUAGUGUUAGAGAAUUGGAUUUAACAUCUAAUCAUCUAGAUAAGGAUUUACAUGUUUUAGAGGGAUUCAGACAACUUCAUACAUUGGUUUUAGAUGAUAACAAGAUAACACAACACACUAAACUACCUAUCAUUCCAACACUACAUACUCUCUGGGUGAAUAGCAAUUUGAUUACAAACCUGUCUGUGUUUGUCGAUCGUGUCAAAGAUUCGUAUCCUCAGUUGAAAACACUCAGUAUGAUGAAGAAUGAAGCGUGUCCCAACUUCUUCAAUGGACACACUCUCAAGGAAUACAAAGACUAUCGACUAUACGUUAUAAACAGAAUUCAGAGUUUGACCAUUCUCGAUUCCAGUCCUGUGACUGCCGAUGAGCGAAGUGAAGCCGCGCGAAUCUACGGUGGACAGGCCAACGUGCUGGCGCCAGUCACCGUGGUGGCGACCAAGGCGGCACCGGAAGUCGAAGAAGAUCCAAAGAAGAAACGUAAGGAUCUCGCAAAGAAGGAGUUACUCGACAAGGAAGCAAGAAGAGCUGCACGUACCGAACGUCGCGCCAAGCGUGCCGAACGUCGCGAACUCAAAGCAGAGCGACAACUCGAACUCGAAAAAGAAAAGAUCGAAAAAGAGAAAGAAAUUGCAAAGAAACAAGAUGAAUUUACAGAUAGUGAAGGUGAAGAAGAUAAUAAUAACAAUAUAAAUGAUAAACAAAAUGAUAUAAAACAACAACAACUUAAUAAUAAUAAUAAUAAUAAUAAUGUUUCCAAUUCAAAUGAUAAAGUUUUACCAGUGUUCUCAAGUCAUCAAUCACCACUGGCUGUUAUGCCACCUACUUUUGCAGGUAGAGGAACGCUGGUGAGUGACGAUGCCGACGACGAAGACGGUGGACUCGCCAGUGAGACCGAUGAAUCGGAUUUACCUGUACAUAGAGUGAAGUCAGAUGUUGUACCAUUGCCACCACCCAAUGCCAAUCGUAUGCCAUCUGCUGACAACGAUCUCGACGAAGACGACGAUGAUACUACAAGCUCAGAGUGGUCGUCCGACGAAGAUAUGGAGAGUGACAAUGAGAACAUCAACCAUACCCUUCCAACUAGAUUGACCCUCAAGGAUCAGUAUUACGCUGACGAGGAUGACGAUGACGACGAUGAAAGUGAAGAGUACCUCGAUGAUGAAUAUGAGAUUACACAUUAUCCAGUGAUCAGAAGAAACAACAUGUCGAAUCCUCCCCAAUAA